AGUGCAAGCCUCGAAGUUAGACUUGUGCAGUUUUGCCUUUUCUUAAUUGGGUUCCAGCGCCAUGCCGGACAUCGCGAAAUCCGACAUCUCUCCGAACCUGGACCGUGACAAGAUGUUCAAUGAGCUUUGGUGGUUGAACUAUUGCUUCUGCGAAGGGGUUGGCAUUGGCGCGGUUGGGAAUCCAUUCUUUGGAGGAGAGGCAGUGAAUAUUUGCUUGCACUCCAAGUGUGAGAUGACCGACAUUGGGGAUCCCUUCUGCUCCAACAUCCGUGUUUGCCUAUGCCUCACCGAUCAAUGCGCUCUUCCACCUGCGCCUGGCUCCCCGAUCUGUGUCUGCUUCAACAAAAAGCUCGCUGGCGAUGAUGGCUGGAGUGGACAGCAGCUCUUCGAUUGGAGCACGAACUUUGGUGACACCUUCUGGCUCUACUACAUCUUCUGCAUGGGACUUGGCUUCUCUGCUCCUCAAGCCAAUGGCCGUCCUUUCUUUGCUGUGCAGACGAAGGAGCUGUGCAUCAAGGGCGGAACCAAGUUGGCUAUGCCCAUGGAGGGCGGAAAGCUGUGCUCCGCUGUGAGCACUCGUCUUUGCUUCUGGGAUCAAUGCGCUAUGCCGCCAGCUGAGGGGGCUCCAAUGUUUGUGUGCUUCAACUUGCUGAACCCCAAGUCAGGGGCGAAGCCUUUGGCAUAUGGAUCUUAGAUUG